ACUGGCUGUGUGGCUGAUUGCUCCGUGGAUUAUUUACUUGGAGACUUGGAGUGUGUAUCCUUAAAAAUUAUAACUUUUCAAUAUUUUUUAAUAUUCUCAUCAAUUUAUACCUUAAAUUUACGUUAUCCCCUUAUACGUGAAUUUUUGUAACAUGGUAAAAUUCAAAUGGAUUCCUCCACGAAUGAUGUAAAGGACACAAUCGCAAAAGAAUCACAGCCAAAAUUAACUGUCAACGACGUUGAUAUUGACUUUCUGCCGCUUAUUUACGAAAUUAUUAGAAGGUGAGACGAAGGGCAAUACAUAAAUAGUACAUUUUCCAUAAACUUUAACAUCUUGCCAAGAGAUGGAAAUAAGGCACAGGUUUACAUAAUGCUCUUCUAAGCUCAAUUGUAAUUAUUUUUGUAACAAAUCUUAUGACAGUUAUGUGUAGAACGAGAACCCCACGACUCAUCCCAGAAAUCAGGGUCAUCAGCUGAUGUCAGUCAAAAAGUAUUGGAAUUGCAAAAAAAGCUAGAUCUAGCCAGAGAACAGGUUCGUAGGCUACCAGGAGUUGAAUUCAGCAAAGAGGAGCAGCUGGAGAACUUGGAAACUCUCAGAAAACAGCUGCGACUAAAAAGAGAACUGCUUCUCAAGUACAGAAAUAUCUACAGUUUCGACAUUCCCAAAGUCUAAACAGAGUAUAGUCAUAAAUAUUCUUAUAGUGUCAGCCUUGCAGGGAUAGUGGUGAAGUAAUUUAGAACCAGUACAGGUUCAAUAGCCCGAUAAAUUACACUGUUGUCAAAUUAGAAAAUUGUCCAAAAACAGUAAAGUUUCGUGAAUAAAGUUUAAAGACAGUAUGCUGCCGCUGGGUAAACUGAUAGCGACAAUAGUUCGUCUGAUAGGAAUGCGCUCUGAACACCAUCUGGUCGACAAAUUGGCCGACUCGGCUCCCAUACGACGAACGGCCCGGUCUCUUGUUGCUUUCUACAUGAAAACCAGAUCGAUUCUGCCGUCGGAUUUGUCUGCUGACAAGUUGAAGCAGGAAAUGAGCUCUGAAAAAGUGCAGGGCUUUGCUAAGAAAGUUGAGGAAAUGUACGAGAAGACAAAGAAAAAGUUCUAGAAGGAAAGUUGCGAAAUUUUGUUGAGGAAAUGUUGCUAGUCCUGGGGAAAGGUCAAAAUUUGUAGUGUUUUGAGGAAGAUACAGUGGAGGUUCAAGUUGUGUAGUGGUACUUGAAUCAAGCGAGAAAGAACUUUUAUGAUCUUGAAAUCUUGUAGCCUAAUAUUAUUACUGGUUAAAAAAAUAUAAUUGAAAAAUUCCAGGAUUAUCAGUGUUCUGAUACAAAAUUGUCAGUGCUGACAAUUUUAAAUUUGAACAAAACUAUUUCUAAAUUACUGGUGUUGAAUUUAGUGUUUUAUACAAUUAAAAUCCCUCACCAACAAAUAGAAAUUAUCAGUGUAUCAGUGCACAUAUUAUUCAAUUUUUGAACUGAUUUACCAAACAUAAAAACAUUAAGAUCCAGUUUGAAAACUUUGAAAAAUUUAAUACUAUCAGUGAUUCUUAAAAUAGACUGGAAUAAAUAACAAAAUUCUUGUGCUAUCAGUGUCAGAGCUACAGUAAAAUAAAAAAGAACCGCGUAUAAUUUGUUACCAGUGUUAAUUUGAUCUAGUUUGAACUUAAAUCAGUGUUGAUAGACGGAUCUGAAAUUAAAAGAGACCCUGGAUAGUGUUAGGAGUUUUAAAAUCGUCUGCUAGAAACUUGGAAAAUCAUAAAUUUAAUUAUUUGAUAUAGUAUAGUGGUGUUAAAUUGGAGAGAAGAUCAAUUGGAUAGUAAAAUAUGUCGUCGAAAAGCCACUCAAUUGUGUUUAUAGACACGUCCUACGAGCAAGCAGCACAUACCGCCAACAAGUACUCGGGCUCGGGCGCCCCUUCGCUUAUCCGACUGUUGGUGUUCUACUGUACAGUUCGAGCGCACGACCUACCCCUUCGCAUUUUCACCUCGUUUCUGCCACCCCUAUUCGGCCAACAAAGUCGCAAAGUGUACGUGGACUUUGUCGGCCCGUGCUUAGCACUGCUCACCAUGGCUGGCGUGCUUCACUACGGACACAGCUACAAACUUCAUUCGGCCGCGCCCGAAAUAAGUCCCACACAAGUGCUGCUUUACUACAGUGUUGUCUCGCCUGUGUUGUGCUUUGUUUUGGCCAAAGUUGGACGGGCUUCGUUGGACUUUGUCGAGGUGGCAGCUCUCCUCGGCUACGGACUUUACGGUGACCUACUUACCUUAGUUACCUCCCUGCUUUUCGAUCACGAACAAAGUAAUCUAGCUUUUUUCGUACUAAUGUUCAUUUUUGGAGGUUUGAGUGCCCUGCGAAUUGCUCUGGUUCUGUUAACUUCGAUUCCCUACCCUGCUGGCAGGUUACUGGUCUGCAGUACUGUUACACUUAUGCAUCUAAUGUUUUUGAUGUUUGUUCAUUUUGCCUACAUGCAUAGGACCUUUGCCUAUGGUGGUAGUGCUAGCAGUUCGUUUAGUCAUUGAAAAUAGGCUUCAUUUUGAAUUUUCCUUGAAACCUGUCGAAUCAUUGAUCUUAAAGUUUAACCAGUUUCCUUAGAACCAUGGAUGAUUCAAGUUGAAUCGAAUUAUAAUAUAAUUGACAAUGUAGAAUGCACACAGGUGGAAAGCAACCUAAGUGCAAAUAAUGUGGCUGCAAAACAACAAAUAAACCACAUCUUAAGCUGCGUUUACACCAAAAUUGUUAACAAAAUGAUUAUUUUUCUGUCCGAAUAGAUUCCAUUAGAUUGAACGGAACUUGACAAACACAUAUUUUCAUCAUGUGUAUGAUAAGUUAUUUUCAAUCUAAGAAUCUAUAAGGAUUAAAUAAAAUGUUUAUUUUUCCGUCCUUAUAGAUUCUAUUAGAUUGAACGGAACUUGACAAACACAUAUGUUUAUCAUGUGCAUGAUAAGUUAUGUUCAAUCUAAUAGAAUCUAUAAGAAUGGAGAAAACAUUUUGUUAAUAACUUUGGUGUAAACCCAGCUUAGAAGACACACUGGAGAAAUACCAUUUAGCUGUGAUUUCUGUUAGUUUAAAGCAACAAAUAAAUCAGAACUUACCAAACAUACAAGGACAGCAAAAAUUGAUGAAAUGUAUCUUUGAAAAUGUGUCAAUUCUAUUGAAAAAAUCUUCAUUAAUCACAUUUUAAUUGAACCUGAGAUCAAGUAGUGUUGAAGCGCCUUGAAAAUAACUAUGAUUUUAGUAGAAUCUACCUACAUUUGAGUUCUCAUAUUGUGAUACCGAUUUUGUCCUGUGUACUAAGAAUAUUUUGCAGUGAUUAAAUACUUUAUUGGUUA